AUGGUGCCUUGGGCUUUUGGUCCUCGGGGGAAGCUGGAAAGCCUUGCUGUGUCCGGUGCUGGAGCCCCAGCAGAAGGUCCACAGUAUGAGUGGGAUCACCCAGUUCCCAAAAGGAAAAGACUCCCCCCGGUUAAGAGGUCUCUGGUGUACUACCUGAAAGGCAGAGAGGUUAAGUUGCAGAGUGAGUCCAGCUACCGCCGCGUGUUGCACGGAUACGCAGCCCAGCAGCUUCCCAGCCUCCUGAAGGAGAAGGAAUUCCACCUCGGAACCCUGAAUAAAGUGUUUGCCUCCCAGUGGCUGAACCACCGACAGGUGGUGUGUGGGACAAAAUGCAACACAUUAUUUGUAGUAGAUGUCCAGACUGGUCAAAUUACCAAGAUUCCUAUUCUGAAGGAUCGUGAGCCUGGCAUGGUGAACCAGCAGGGGUGUGGUAUUCAUGCCAUUGAGCUCAACCCCUCGAGGACCCUUCUGGCCACAGGUGGAGACAACCCCAACAGUCUUGCCAUUUAUCGUCUGCCUACACUCGAUCCUGUCUGUGUGGGAGAUGAUGGACAUAAGGACUGGAUAUUUUCAAUUGCUUGGAUCAGUGAUACUAUGGCUGUUUCUGGUUCCCGGGAUGGUUCAAUGGGUCUCUGGGAAGUCACAGAGGAUGUAUUGUCCAAAAGUGAUGCCAGGCACAAUCUCUCCCAAGUUCCUGUCUAUGCCCACAUAACACACAGGGCUCUGAAGGAUAUCCCCAAGGAGAACACCAAUCCUGACAACUGCAAAGUCCGAGCAUUGGCUUUCAACAAUAAGAACAAGGAGCUGGGAGCUGUGUCCCUAGAUGGAUAUUUUCAUCUUUGGAAAGCAGAGCACACACUAUCAAAGCUACUUUCCACGAAGUUGCCAUACUGCAGGGAGAACGUGUGUUUGGCUUAUGGUCAGGAGUGGUCAGUGUAUGCAGUAGGAUCACAAGCACAUGUCUCCUUUCUGGAUCCAAGGCAGCCUCCUCACAAUGUGAAAUCUGUCUGUUCCAAAGAACGGGGCAGUGGUAUUCGGUCGGUGAGCUUCUACGAGCACAUCAUCACGGUGGGAACAGGACAAGGCUCCUUACUGUUUUAUGAUAUCAGAGCUCAGAGGUUCCUGGAGGAAAAGCCCCCACGUGUCUGCUGUGGACAGAAGCAGAAGUUAGGAGGAAGUGAAAUUUUGAAGCUGACUACUGGCAAAGGCUGGCUGAAUCAUGAUGAAACCUGGAGGAAUUAUUUUUCUGACAUAAAUUUCUUCCCAAAUGCUGUUUACACCCACUGCUACGACUCGUCUGGAACGAAACUCUUUGUGGCAGGAGGCCCCCUUCCAUCAGGACUUCAUGGGAAUUACGCUGGUCUCUGGAGCUAAUGAUAACUCUUUAUAAAUGCUGAUCUUUACAGAGAUUUCCACUUUUAUUUUUAACAACAAAAUUGUGUGAUGCCAUUGAUUUCUGAUUUAAAUGCAAGUUAUUUUUUGGCAGAGUUUUCUGUUGGUCUCCAACAGUUUUGUACACCUUUUUGAACCAGUUUUUUGCUUUAACCUCCUUGAUCCUUUGUAUGAAGGGUUUU